AUGACAGACCGGCAAUUCAACCUAACCGUCCUCAUAUCGGGCAACGGAUCCAACCUGCAAGCCCUCAUCGACGCAUGUGCAACGGGCGCGCUGCCAAACACGCGCAUAACACACGUCAUAUCAAACCGCAAAGCAGCAUACGGGCUUGAACGCGCAGCCAAAGCCUCAAUACCAACAACAUACCACAACCUGGUGCCGUACAAGAAAAAGCACCCGGACGCCAUUGACGAGGCGCGCUCGCAAUACGACGCCGACCUCGCCAAUAUUAUCCUCGAGUCGAAGCCGCGCCCGGACCUCAUUGUGUGCGCAGGCUGGAUGCACAUUGUAACCCCGUCAUUCCUGUCUCCCAUUGCAGCCGCAAACAUCAAAAUCAUAAACCUGCACCCUGCGCUGCCAGGCGAGUUUGCAGGCGCGGGCGCGAUUGAGCGCGCGUGGAAGGCGGGCAAGGAAGAAGGGCUCAAGAGAACGGGCGUCAUGAUUCACGAGGUGGUUGCCGAGGUGGAUGCCGGCGAGCCUGUGUUGACCAGGGAGGUGGAGCUGAGAGAGGGCGAGAGCCUCGAGGCGCUCGAGGACCGCAUUCAUGCUGUGGAGCAUGGCGCGAUUGUCGAGGGGACGAAGAUGACGUUGGAGAAGAUUGCGCGAGCGAGUUGAGGUGUGAGAGGUAGGGAUACAGCGUGUAUGCGAGUAUGAUAUCCAAUAAAAGUGCAUGUG